AUGAAGCCCAAGAAGUUUCUCUUAGAUCGCUUACCUGGCAUACGCUGGGCGCCUCACGAUAUACCAUCAACCGAGUCGUCAUCAUCCAAGCCCAAGUCGCGGAAUCCCUUUGCGCUGAAACCUUCCGCACCGCAACACGGCGCGGUGCGUCUGCGCAAAUCAACCCUCAGUUUGACGUCUGAACCCGAUGUCGAGGUUGAUGCGCGGACGCACGCCCAAGGUCAGAGCAUCUUCUUCGCGCGUUUGCCGAUUGAGUUGAGGCGGAUGGUGUAUGAGUACGUCAUGGGCGCAGAGAUCGUGCAUCUGACGUUGAGUACAAAGAAAAAGAGGUUUGGGCAUUUUCUCUGCAAUAGCGAUGGAGACAGUAGGGAGUACAUGUGUCGCGUGCUUGUAUUUGGCAAGAAAGGCGCGAGGCUAUAUAGUGGUGGUCCACGUCUCGAUUCGAUUCGCACGCUACAUCUGCGCUGGGCCAUUCGCGCGCUCCCAUAUCUGCGUCGCGGCCCUUCCAAUCGCCUCGCAUACCGCGAAGACACGGCCAACUGGGAGAAGAGUUGGGGAAUAAUAGCGAGCAUGCAAGGGUUGAGGCAUCUUCAAGUCAUGUUGAUUGAUCCCAGCCCGCAGCAACUUUGGGAGGCUAAUUGGGUAGAAUUGGAAGACAUUUUGCUAGACAGUGUGAGGGCGGUGAAGAGGCCACGCGACGCUGUAGUCAUUCUGCCGUAUCCAAGUUGCAGGACGGACUGGGAUAUGGGGGACAGCACAGUGAGACUGAGAGUACUAGACAAUGGCCUUGGUACUGGAGGUGACGAAGACUGA